UGAAGAGUUGUUAAUUUAAAACUAAAUUCUUGAUUCUCCUUACCUAGUUAAGUGAAUUAAAAAAUAAUUAAUUAUGGAGGCCAUUUCUUUCAUACUUCUAUUGGUUAUUUCAAUGGCAUGUGGUAACCACCAUGUUUCCGAAUAUUCGUCAAGUAUAUCAAACGAAGAUGUCAAUGAUGCAGCUAUUGAAGAAAUUGAACGUUAUAUUCGUAAAAUUCGUUAUACUCAAAACGAUUACGGCAACAUCAAGAUGAAUCAAAAUAUGUCUGAAAAUUCUACUGAACUAAAAAACGAAGAAACAACACAUUCUAGACAUUUAUUAAUAUCGGACCUAUUUCCAGAAGAUAUAAAUUCCACCAUACCUCUAAUGGUACCGUAUAAUGAUUCAGAGAAGAUAGCUGAUGCAACUUUAACGCCAGCUACGUGGGAUCAUACCAAUGUGCAAAUUAAUCCAAGUUUACCAGAUGCUCACGCGGAAGAAUCUUAUCCAGUCAAUCAAAUUGGAGAAAUCCCAAUACUUCCAGCUCAUGGUUUAUCUGAUCCAGUUCCUAUAAUAAGAUUAACAUUUGGCCGCUUCAACAUCAAUUAUACCGAUAACAAAAUGAAUACCACCGAACCAGUUAUUGAUAAUAAUAUGCUCAAACAGGAAAUAAAUACAAAUAACUCUGAAAGCUUGAGCCAACCACAAAUAUUAUUCGACCUAAUCGAUAACACAAAUGAUUCUCUGGAACAAACGCCUAAAAAUACGAAAAGUUUUAAUAUUGUCAUACGUUUCAAAAGAAGUCUUAAAAGUAAGAGACAUCGAUGGUCGUCGAUUCUAAUUAAUGGCGAUUAUUCAACUCCUCAACCAUGCCAAAACUGCAGAUCAACAGUCACGAGCAAGUCAACAUCUGUAAACCUUCCGAUAACUACAACUGAAUCGAUAACAAAACAAGUACCUAAAGAUUAUAACGUGCAGGUGAAUAGUGUAACUAAAAAUGAUGAAGCACAAAAGGAUCUGCCUUUAUCUACUAUAAUUGCCCCAACAUAUCGACCAUGCUUAACAUGUAGACCAAGAACUACCAGUAAACCAGUAUAUACACCAAAAGGCCGAAAUGGAAAAGGGCGUGGAUAUUACUACAAAUAAUAUCUCUGAAAAGUUAGUGGACUGAAUUGAAUGAAUUGUCUAACAACCGAAUUGACAACAUAUGGACUAUAUCUAUAUGGCCAACAUGCCACCAUUUUUAUUAUUUUAUUACUCUUCAUGACUAAAUAUAGAUCAAAAUAAUGUUUUCCAUUAUUCAUAAAGAAACUUGA